AUGAACAUCCGUCAAGUUCGAAUAGAAGACCUCCAAGGCAUGCAAGCCUGCAACUUGCACAAUCUCCCCGAAAACUACACAAUGAAAUAUUACUUGUACCAUGCCAUGACAUGGCCUGGUCUUUCGUAUGUCGCGGAGGACGAGAACGGGAGGGUGGUUGGUUAUAUCUUGGCUAAAAUGGACGAGGAUCCACAGGAAGGCAAACCUCCCCAUGGACAUGUUACCUCCAUCUCGGUUUUGCGAUCCUACCGUCGUCUAGGCCUCGCAAAGAAGUUGAUGUUGCAAUCGCAGGAAGCAAUGGUGGAUAUUUACCGCGCAGCCUACGUCUCGCUUCACGUCCGUAAAUCCAACCGUGCAGCACUCUCGCUUUACAAAGAUACCUUGGGAUUCCGAGUCAAGGACAUCGAAAAGAAAUAUUAUGCCGACGGAGAGGACGCGUAUUCUAUGGAGUUGACACUUCCCAGUAAUUAA